AUGCGUCCGCCGAAUUUUAUUCUAAUUCUAUGCACUGCCACUUGUAAGUUUAAACUUAUAGGCUUUAUCUAGUCUUACAGUAACCUCAGAUACCUUAAACUAUACUUAAAUACUUAAUAAAAGAUACUUAAACUAUUUUCCCUACAGUACCCUUACAGUAAUCCGACUAGCCUCUGGUUAUUGCGAAGAAGAAGCGUAUUGUGAUGAAUGCGACCUGGUUUCCGUCGGACAACCAUGCAACAACUUUGACAGACUUCCAGUGUACACUUGCAAUAAUGAAACAAAGUACCGUGUUCCCUUUUUGAUCUACAGUACUCGUUCACUUUUCCAGAAAAGUCAUCUACCAGCCGUCGAAGUACUUUAUGUGUGUGGACGGAGAGGUACGGUCAUUUCGUUUUCAAAUUCGAAAAAAAGAGUUGUGCUCAAACAUGGCUCUUCGUUUUUCGCAUCAUGCUCAACAAACAAAGUGUUUUGUCAGGUGAUUCAGUUCGACUGCUCGCAUCGGAACAUGCCGCCCGCCGUGUUCAACCAGAUCACCCGCGAGUGUGUGCAGGAGGAGGACACUCAUCUCAACCACAUCCGACGUCGGAGGGCCACGACGGGCUCCUCGCGAGUCGGCGACGUGUGCUCUUUCAACACCGACUGCCAGCGGGGCAUGUUUUGUGGCGGCGGAAUUUGCAGUUGUCUCAGCGAUUUCGUCUCCAUCUCACAACAUUGCUGGCCGAGUUCGUAAAGUACUGCACUACCUACCAUAGUCUAAUUCGGUUUCAGAAGUGAAUCCCGGAGAGUCGGGAUGCGUGGAAAGCCGUCAGUGCGAAGCCGUCUGGCCGGGGACCACUUGCACCUCCGCAGGACUUUGUGAAUGUCCCAAAGAGACUGUCCCAAGCCGAACGAGAGAUGGAACCGUGUGCAUUUCCUCGAAGAUUCCCCCCGCGUGUCCGUUACCAGAGGCUCACAACGGGAACCCGAACCCGGCCACUAUCCUCGCCAAUCCCACCACUCAUCCGUUGAGUCCAGGCACCUACAUGUGAGCUAGAAUGAGCUGGAACUCUCAAAUUCAAAUAAAAGCUUCAUAAUCUCCUUUUACAGGCCAGUGCUCUGCAACUCCCUUUCUUCGGAAACUCGCGCUUCGAACGGAGGAGACGGAUCUACGUGGUGUGUAUAUCCUGACGGAGAACAGGAUGUUUACAUCGCCGACACCUACAACUGCAUUUCCCAUCCACAAGUGAACAACGAUCUCUUCUCGGAAUACUCCGAGAAAGUCGACGGUAUCUGCUGUCAUAACAGAGGUUUCGAGCAGUUUCAGACGAACUUCUAAGCCCCUUAUUUCCAGCGUUCGUGUGCAUUCAACCGCUGGAAUCUGGCGACGAACCGUCGGUUCCCCGAUGGUGGUACAACUCGGCGACGGGAACUUGCGUGCAGUUUAUGUGGGAUCCGGACACCAUCACCAACGCCUCGCCGAACAACUUCCGAACUGCAGAGCACUGUGAAUCCUAUUGCAGAGACAGUAAGUUCCAUUUCUCGUCUCUUCCAAACCUCCUCCUUUCUGUGCGAGAACCAAUCUGUCACCAUUCACCUUUUUUUUUUAGAUUAAAAGGCAGUUUAUUGUAGUCUUCCUCUUCCCCCCAAAGUAGCUUAAGUUAGUGUAGACACAGAAGCAUAAAUAGUCUGCAUUUGCGCGUAAGGUCAGGUGCCCCGCGCAAAUACACACAUUUGUUUUUAAAGUAGCAGUUGUUUUUCGUUGAGAUUUUCUAUGUUACUUAGUUUAGCCAUAAUCUCUUCGUUUCCAGUUGUAAUGUUGUGAGCAAUAGUAGAAUAGGUUUUGUUGUACUGAAUAGUAAGAAUUUGCUUGCUUCUCUUCGAAUAUUCGUACACGGUUCGGAGCACGAUGGGUUUUUCGUGCCAGGCCUAGUUCAGUCAUUCUCCAGUCUCUCAGAAUUUCACUCUUAAUUACCCGAGUUUGAGUUUGAGAGACCAAUAAAAGAGGCAAGAGAAUAUCGGUUCAAUGAAUAUUGUUUACUUUCAGCAUGUCGCCGUGGAGCCCCCGAGUUCGCCUCCUCCAAAUUCUCGCUCCUCGACGAAGUUCCCCGUACCAACUGCCUCGCCUCCACCUCUCGAUGCGAUCAAGACCAUCAGUGCACCCUCAUCGGCUCCCAACAGACUUGUUGUCCGACCGCUGCUCACAUCUGCAGUGCCAACGGAGGAAGACUUCUCCUCACGAAACCUCCAGAGAAUUACGAUCGCGGACUGCAGAUCGCCGGACAGUAAGAAGACACGUUUGAAUGAUCUUUCGACCUCAAUACAUUACAGCAAAGCAGUGACCCGUUAUUACUACGAUAUUGACCAAGGGCGAUGCGUCAACUUCUUGUACCACGGACUUGGCAAUUACAAUAACUUUUUGACUAAACAAGAUUGUGAAUCUUUCUGCUCAAAGUGUAAGUUCCUUUUUUACAUAAUUAGAUGAAUGAUACGUGUUUUAGUGGUUUGCGAGAAUGGAAAUCCGCUUCGGAUCGGAGAAGAAUGGCAGCGAUGCGAGACGAACGCCGACUGUCCCUCCUCGCAUUCUUGCCAGGGAAGCCACAAAGUCUGCUGCCCCACUUCUCGUGAGCUUCUUCAUUUUUCUUUUCUUCCCUUCACAUCCUUAUACAUUAAAGAAUCUCUGUGCACUCAACCGAAACGCCUCGGAGACUGUACUUCGGCGGUUCGUCGGUACUGGUACAAUGCGGCGACGAGAACGUGCGAAAUGUUCCAGUACACGGGAUGCCAGGGUAACGACAACAACUUCCCGAAUCUCGUGACCUGUCAGCAGAAGUGUAGGGGCAUUAAUGGUAUGUUGUUGGCUUCUGGAACCGGGAAACCCUUUUUUUUCAGUCGAACCCAAAUGCCAGCACGGACGCGCUUUCCGUGACCGAAACGGAAACUUUCAGCAGUGUUCGGAUAAACAGAGCGGUCCCAAGUGCCCCGUAAACUACCAGUGCUCCUACGAUGGAACCACGCACGGUUGCUGUCCUUCGAAGGCAUUCACAUGCUCUCUGAACCCAGAUAAGGGCGUCCAGUGCGGAUCCGGACGGUCCUACCGCUACUACUUCAACUCGAACAAGCAAUCGUGCGAGUCAUUCCAGUACGAAGGCUGCGACGGAAACGCCAACAACUUUUUGACUUCGGAAGACUGUCAGCACUAUUGCGGCGUCGGCGGAUGUCCGAACGGAGGAAUGCCGCUGCGGGACGAGGCCACGAACAAGCCGAUGAGUUGCUCGGAGAGCAAGUCGUGUCCUUCCACUCACGAGUGUAUCUCUAUUCCUGUGAAUGGAAACGUUGGCAACAGAUGCUGUCCGACGAAAGCGCACAUUUGCAGCCAACCGCCACAGCAGGGAAAUCACUGCUCAAAGAUUUCGGUGGCCAGAUUCUACUUCAAUAUUGUCACGAGAGUAAGUCAGAGUCUUUCACUCCUUUUCUCUCAGCCCAUAACUCUAUCUCUAGGAAUGCGCCACGUUCCAAUACAAUGGCUGCAACGGAAACCUGAACAAUUUCGGCACGCAGAUGGAAUGCAACAACUUCUGCAGUUCGGCCGGCUGUGCGGUCGGAGAAGUCGCCUACAAAGAUGUGAACACGAAGAAGGCGUUCGACUGCAACAACGUGCUCAUCAACAGUUGUCCCGCCAACUUCCAGUGCCGUUUCAAUUCCCUCACUUCCGGAUAUGUCUGCUGUGGAUCCACGAGCAUGGGUAGGAGGGAAACUAUGCUAGGACUACUGUAGAAAGAGAUUCUCUUUCAGAAGUGUGCCCUUCCGAGGAACGUGCGUUCAUCAACGCUCUCGAUGAGACGGUCAGAGAGUGUGCAAUCAAUAUUCCGGGCAGUUGCCCGGCUGACUUCCUUUGUCGGUUUAAUGCUCAAAGGAAUAGGUACUAUUGUUGUGCUCCGACUACUGAAAGUAAGAAAAAUGUGUAGUUUAAGUAACCGGGUUCUACAAUUCCAUUUUCAGAUGUGUGCCCAGAUGGUCGUGCUCUUUUCCGAGCCAAGAAGACCCUCCUCCCGAUCCGCUGCACUCUUAACAAUCCGAACACUUGCCCGGAUGGUUACAGUUGUCAGAGCCGUUCCAAAAACGUUUUGCAAGGCUUCUGCUGCUCUGCUAGAAGUACUUUUUAGCGUUUCUUAACUUUAAAUGUAUCUCGUUUCUUUUAGAUGUUUGCAAAGGCGAUUCCGAGUUUCUGAUGGAUGAAAAGUCGAAAAUGCCGAGAAUCUGCACUCCGGGCGCAUUCAUCUCGUGCCCAGUCGGUUAUCGAUGUCACAAACAGACGCCGUCGUCGAUGAGCGGAUUCUGCUGUCGCGGAGAAAUCAACGCCAUCUCUGAGGGGUGUCCUCCUGGAGAGUACGCGUUUGCCAAGAAGAACGAGAUCAUCGCGUGCGAUCCGUUCAAUCCUGAAAACAAGGGAUGUCCGGCUACUUUUAGGUGAGUACUGUGCAAUACAGAAGUAACCCUAGCUGUUUGUAGAGAUAUCAAAAAGCGGUCAACAGAUAAAAUGUACAUAAGAUCAUAAUGAUCAAUUUAUUAGUUGAUAACUUUUUUAUACCUCUACAGGAAGCUGAGAUAUAUCAUUCUUAUAUGUUCCGUCUUCAGUUGCCAAUUUGCCGUCGCCUUCCAACGAUAUCAGUGCUGCGGAAAGGAUCCGAUUGAAGAGGAUGAGAUUGAGCAGGAAGGUUCGUCAGACUCUUCUGAACUUGACAAUAUCCUUUGAGUGAGCGUACAUAAUAAGAUAAAGUAAAGUUCCCCCGGAGGCUCAAAAUGAGGCUGAUUUGUUGUGGUGCUCAUCGGCUUUGUCCUCCUCAAUCGCCCGGUUAGGAAUGUCUCGUUUCGAGUGCUCUGUUGACAGUGUACUUUUGUCGAUGAGCAGGUGUAAUCCGUCCUUCUCGUUCGAAAGUAUAUUUUGUUUGGGUAUCUCGGACCGACUGGCCGAGCAACACGGAAGCGGCGGCUGUGAGUUGCGGAGCAGCACGCGGUGUUAGCCACUACGAACAUCACGACAAACAAAGAGAUCUCCGCUCCUCUCCCCGCGCGCGAGAGAUGGCUCUUUCUUUUGCCCCCCGAUCGAAAGAAAUUAGAUAAGUAUUAUGCAACGAAAUUUAGAAGGAAAGAAAUUGGAUAGGCACUCGUUUCUUUGGAAUUUGGAUUAUGAUGUUUGUGUCGAGGCGUCUCUAGUUCGCACCUUCAGAGACCAUGGCGGAGUUGGGAAAUCUGCAAAUCCUAGGCCACGCGGAAGUUUCCGCUUGAGCUCUGAACGGCUGUGUGAAGUGGGCUCUUAACUAGUCGCUCAAACGUCACGGUGUUUUGUCCGAAAAUAGAUAGAAGAUCACCUUUUUUGCAGAACUCGGCUGUCCCCAUUCCCAAGUCGCUCUCGUGAACGACGAUCAUCCAGUGGUGUGCACGGCUUCUGGAGCGUCCUGUCCAACCGGGUACUUCUGUCAAUUCUCGGAUCGGAACAAGCAGUUCCAAUGCUGUGGACACAAAGCUGGGUGUCCCGGAGAAUCGGUGGCCUAUCUGGAUCUGACCGGUGGAGCCCAGGAGUGCUCGGUGAAGUUGAGAAACUGUCCGGAAGGAUACAGCUGUCAGAAUUCGCGAGGAGGAAAGUCCAUCUGCUGCACGACCGUCAGAAUCAGCGGAAGGGAUCGCCCACAGAUCUCAACCGAGAACUCGACCGGAAUCCCUGAUCUGGAGAAUUCCACGCCUUCGAUUACUGUAGCUCCAGCUGCUCCUUCCUCUCCAUCACCGCCACCCACCAUGUCGCCGUCCGUGACGUCUUCUGGAAACACCGGUAAGUCACUGUGCCCUCCAGACACUGUACUCGUGAGCGGAGAGUGCAAAGUCCGCGGAGCCGUCGGAUCAGUCUGUCUUCUUUCUUCGCAAUGCACUUCUGGAGCGGAAUGCAUCGGACAGCAGUGUAAUUGCGGGAAGAAGUUCCGAGAGCAAGAUGGACGGUGCAUUCAAGUAGAUACGGAUGAGUUGGAAGCAGUGGCAGCAGUGACGCAGGCCUCAAAGAAGGUGCUCAGAUGCUCUGAAAAUCAGAUCGAAAAAGACGGAUCAUGCUUCAAUAAGUCUCCGAUGGGCGGCACGUGCGAACACAACGAACAGUGUCUGAAUGGCACCGUUUGUGCUGCGAAGAUGUGCAAGUGCGCUCAAGGAAGCUCGCCGUACAAGGACAGAUGCCUGAGUCAGUUUUCUUCGUUCAUACUCUCCCUCAUUGGUUCCUUUUCAGACAACGUGAACAUCUGCGAAGCACCCAAACAGCCCGUGAUCUCUGCUGAGUAUACCCUGAUCCAAUGUGCCAAACAAAAGUGUCCGAAGCCUUCCGCGUGUGUCUACUCAAAGAUGAUCGGUUCGUAUGUUUGCUGCUCGGUCGCUCCAGCUGGAACCACAAAGGGAGCUGUCAUGAGCAAAGUCGGAAGGCCCGUGGUCCCUGCCCAACCACCUGUUAUCGGUAGAGUCGUCCAGGGAGGCCGGUACGCGAAGUCUACAGUAUCCCCAGUGGUCGGGGGCAAAUACACGUGUCCCGAUGGCCGACAGCCAAUGCUUUUCCCACAGAACAACAUGCCGCUGGUCUGUAAUCCAGUAAAAGGAUGUCCACAGGUAUGGUAUUAGAAAGAAUCGGAAAGAGAAUCGAGAGGGCUUCAGGGUUACACGUGCACCAACAAGAUGUGCUGUCCGAACGGAAGAGUAAAGAGGUCCGGAGCAUCUUGUCCGAGAGGAUAUCUGAUGGUGGAAAAGGAUGGAACUUCGAGAUGUGGUAGUUUAGACUCCAACUUUUAAUUGUCAUUAUAAAACUUUUUCAGAACCUCAAUGCACAUCGCCCUGGUACGCGCCGAACCUCUGUACAUCGCCGGAAAGACGACGAAGGAGAUGA